UCAAAAUCUGCAUUUCGUGUGAUGACAUCCGCUCAGAGCUGUUCGAAUGGGCAGCGCGGGUCUCUCGCGAUUAAACUUGAGACUUAUCUGCAGUAGCAUUUGGGUUCCUAUUGUUAUUGAUAAAGAAGUUUGACUUCUAUCGCCAGCUGAUAGUCGAAGAUCGUGCGGGCGCGAUGAUUAAAAAAGUUUCGAUGGCCAUCGCAGAGACGACAGUUUGGCUCAGAACCUACAGCGGUGAACAUCUUCCAACAUUUAAAAAAACGUUACCAAAAUUUCGCUGAAUCUAAAAAUAAUUCGCGCGUCCCCACACUUGCUCUAUCUAUCAUUCGCUUCUAAACGAAAAUUUCAAUCAAGUGUUGGCUUGGCAAAAUUUGCAAUGGAUCCGAAAAUAGUGGUAAUCGGCGCAGGAGCUGCUGGCAUUGCGGCAGCUACAAAGCUGUUAGAAAUUGGAUUCAAGAAUGUCCUGGUUUUGGAGGCUGAGGACAGGAUUGGCGGUCGGAUUCACACUGUCCGCUUCGGGGAAAACGUGCUCGACAUGGGUGCACAGUGGUGCCAUGGCGAGCGGGGCAACGUGAUCUACCAAAUGGCGAACAAGUACAACGUGUUCGAUUCAUCACAGGCUCAGUACAACCGAUUUGACUGCGUCCGGUCGAAUGGCGAGUACAUACCCACUUACUUGACUGACCGCUUGACUGCUAUGAUUGCUCAAAUCCUAGAAGAAGCCAAGGAGGAUUUGAAAGCUGCCAAGGGGAUUUCAGUGGGGACGUAUCUAUGCAAAAGGUAUGAGGACCUUCUGAAUGACCCUAAAAACUAUCACAUUGACCGCGAACUAGCCGUUCAGUUCCUGGAGAUGUACCAAAAGUACGAGUGCUCCGUGGAUGCUGCCGAUACUCUCUUCGAAGUUUCGGGGCCUGGUUUCCUGACCUACCGGGAAUGUGAAGGAAGUACUUUGACAAAUUGGAAGGAUAGAGGAUUCGUCACAGUCUUGGAUAUAAUGAUGGGUAAGUUCCCCGAAGGACCUCACAGCAAGAAUGUGCUGGACAAGCGUAUCCUCCUGAAUAAAAAAGUCGAAAAAAUUGUUUGGGAUAGCAGAGAAAAUUCGAAAGUCCUCGUCAAGUGUGAAGAUGGCGAUCAUGUUGAAGCUGAUCAUGUGAUUUGUACAGCCUCACUUGGAGUUUUGAAAGAACGCCAUACGCAGCUGUUUAGCCCUAAACUGCCGAUUGAGAAAGUGCGUGCAAUUGAAUCGUUCACACUUGGUACAGUGAAUAAGUUGUUUAUCGAAUUCGAGAAACCAUUUUGGCCAGCCGGUUGGGUCGGUUUCAAUUUAGUGUGGACUAAAGAUGAUCUGCAGAAUAUCCGUCGGUGUAAGGACAAUUGGCUAGAAGAUGUGUUCGGUUUCUAUAUGGUUGACUACCAACCAAAUGUGUUGUGUGGUUGGAUUUCGGGAGUGAAUGCGCGUCGCAUGGAAAUGGUGCCAGAGAAGCAAGUGUUGGAAGGUUUAAUGUUUUUACUAAGAAAGUUCCUGAAGUGGAAUAUUCCUGACCCAGUUAACUUCAAACGGUCUACAUGGUAUACAAACCCCAACUUCCGGGGAUCAUAUUCCUUCUUCAGUUUGAAGGCUGAGCAGAUGGAGGCGAAGCAAGCGCACUUAGCAAAGCCAGUUUCGCGGCAUACAGAAGGGCCACCAGUACUUUUAUUCGCAGGUGAAGCUACCCACGAUCAUUAUUACUCAACUGUCCACGGUGCUAUCGAAACUGGCUGGAGAGAGGCUCAUCGUAUCGCAAGCUUUUAUUCCAGGUUGUGCUGUUCUUUCUUUCUUUUCUCUCCUUCUUAUCUUUGUCGUAGCUGCCAAAACAAAUCGUCGAUUAUGUCAUCAACAUCCAAAAUUUAUGACGCUGUUGUGAUUGGAAGUGGCUUGGCUGGAUUAGGAGCUGCGUAUACCUUGAAAAAUGCAAACAGAACCUUUAUUGUUUUAGAAGCACAGAACUAUGUUGGCGGUCGUGUCAAAUCGCAGCAGAUGAAAGUAUUCAAAACACAGAACAAUUUCAAAGAAACAGACGGCCUAAUUGAAUUGGGUGCUCAAUGGCUGCACGGUGUACAAAAUGACUUGCAUCGAAUAGCCGAUGAAAACAACCUGCUACGUCCUGAAGAAUCUGAAGAAGCACUGGGUUCCUAUAUUCGUGAGGAUGGUUACGUUUUUGAUGAAUUCUUCCAUAAACGAAUUGAUUUUGAAAUCGGUCAAAUUUUAACUAAAUGCAUAGACUUCAGAUCGAAUGAUGUCGAAAACUGCCCAAAAUCCGUAGAAGACUUUUUAGAUCAAGAGUUCCAGAAGUACGUUGAUAAAAUUGGGACAGAAGAAGAAAAAGAAAUGGCUUAUCAAAUUUACGAUUGGCAUAAACGCUUCGAAAUUAUUGAUAAUUCAUGCCUAAGCUUGAAAGCACUAUCUGCGAAAUACUGGGGAAUGUAUUCAUUCAAUGGUGAAAGUUGCCAAGCCCACAUCAAUUUUAAGCAUGGCUUUUCCAGUGUUACUGAUAUCAUUGCUAAGGAAAUCGGUGCCGAGAACAUUAAGUUGAACUCAACCGUUGUCGAAAUUGAUUGGGACAUAUUUAAAAAAGAUAAAGAUUUAGUUUCCGUCCGUACAGCUUCUGGGGAAACAUAUAUGACUAAACAUGUCCUGGUGACAUGUUCUUUAGGGGUCUUGAAAAUGUGUCAUGAGAAACUCUUCCGGCCAAUUCUUCCUGAACCGAUUCACGCAGCUAUCGACCAAAUUGGUUUUGAAACUAUUAACAAAAUAUUUUUGCAAUUUGAAUAUCCGUGGUGGCAUCCGAUGGAAGGGAUUCAGCUGAUUUUUAAUUCAAGCAGUGAUUACUCGAACGCCAAGUGGACACGUUACUUAACUGGAUUUGAUAUAUUAUAUCCUGGGGCACCGAAUACACUUGUAGGAUGGGUUGGAAGCUACGGAGCUAUAGAAAUGGAAAAGUGUUCUGAUGAGCAAAUAGCUGAGGAUUGUGUUGAACUUUUGCGUAAAUUCACAAAACUAGAGGUUCCUUUCCCAGUGAAAUUUGCAUGCUCCCGAUGGAAUAGCAACGAAUUUGUCCGAGGCGGCUACAGUUACUUAAGCACUAAGUGCGAUGAAAGCGGUUAUAGUGGUGCUACUUUGUCAACGCCUAUCACAACUAAUGAUUUGCGAAUAAGGUCAUCAGAUCUACUGCAAACUUUUAACAAUUUAGCUAUAAGUGAAAAUGCAACGAACGGUUUAGCUAUGAAAAAUGGAAUAGCGACCAAAAGUGAUAGCUCGACCCAAAGUGACUCUCAGUGUAAAGAUGCACGUCCAAUUUUGCUGUUUGCCGGUGAAGCUUGUCACAGUAAAUACUUUUCCACUGCACAUGGCGCUUUUUUGUCAGGAAUCGAGCAGGCACAAACUAUUUUAAAAUAUGCUUGAAUACAAUUCAAAAAGAUUUAUAUAUGUUUUUAGCAUGAUAGGACACAAUUAUUAAAUAAUUGUUUGCCAAAAUGAGAAUAUCUACGUGCAUACUCAUUGCGUAUUGAUAAACAUCUUGAGAGACAUGUACUUACUAUUUUUCCGUU